UGCAACCGAAGAAGACACAACAUUCGUUUUAAUGUAAAAAAUAAAAAUGGAAAAUGAAAUCAAAAAUGUAUUUCUUAUUGUGCUUUUUUCUUAUUUAAUAACUUUUCAGAAUGUUGCUGGAAUUAAGAGACGAAGUAUAGAUUUAAUCUCAGCUCAUAGUUUGAUUUCCGAUUCGAGAUUACCAAGAGAAACUGCACCGAAUAGCUACGUGAUAAAACUACAACCAUACAUUGAAGAAGGAUAUUUUAUUGGUCAGGUUCAAAUUAAUGUUUCUUGGGAAGAGGAAUCCGAUAAAAUCACUCUUCACGCUGACAAAAACCUUGUUAUUUCCGAAAAAGUGACCGUUGUUCAAACUUCGCCAUCAGAUGAAUCGGAUAAAUCUUUAUCGUUAGCUUUCGAUAAAGUUCCAAUAAAAGUAAUUAAGGUUGAAUUAGAACCAAAGAAACCCAUGAUCAUUCUUCAUUUGGAGAAAUCUUUAAAAAGGGGUGCUCAAGCGGAAGUUAAAAUUCCAUUUAAUGGGACAAUCGAUAAAAACGAAGCUUUAUUUCGGGAUGAAUACAUCGAUUCGGAUGAAGGUGUUAAGAAGUGGUAUAUCGCAUCAAAAUUUCGACCGAAUUUAGCUAGAAAAGUUUUUCCUUGUUAUGACGAACCUUCUUAUAAAACUCCAAUUUCAAUCAGUGUGGCUAGAACUAAAGAUAUGAUCACUUUAUCGAAUAUGCCGGUUUUAAUGAGCGAAGAGAAAAAAGAUCAACCGGGAUGGCAUUGGGAUCAUUUCCAACCAUCUCCUCCGAUGUCCACCUUUACUUUAGCAUUUAUAGUUUCGGAAUUUCAUUAUUUGGAACGAAACACAACGGAAGAAAUCGAUAUGGGUAUUAAAGUUUGGGGGAGACCUGAUUAUUUGGGAAGUUUGAAAGAUGUUGUGCUGAAAACUGUGAAGUCGAUGCAAGUUCUUCGGGAAUUUUGGGGCACCGCCUAUCCAUUACCGAAAAUUGAUUGUGUCGCUUUACCCAAUUUUUCAACGAACAAACCGGGGGAUAAUUGGGGAUUACUUUUUUUUAAAGAAAGUGAUUUAGACAACAAAAAGCUUUCUUAUGUAUCUCAAGAACUCGCUUAUCAAUGGCUCGGUUCUUUAGCAACUCCAUUUUGGUGGAACGAUGCCCACAUUAACUACGCUUUAAACCGAUAUGUAACCGCUUACACAACGUUAAAAUUAAACUACAAAAACGAAUCGUUUAAUAAUUGGCCCAUGACAAUGUUAUACUCAAUUUAUUACGAAUUUAGUAAACGAUAUCCCCAUUGGAAAAACACCGCCAUAAAACAAGACUCCGUCUCGGCUAAAACCGAGAUGAUCUUUCGAAUGUUAAAUUACACCUUGGGUGAAUCAACUUUCGUGCGUGGAUUACAAAGAUUUAUGGCCACCCGACAAUUUGGGACGUUUUUUGGCGACGAUAUUUGGACCGCAUUAACUGAAAGAGCCAUCUCUGAUAACGCACUAACCGAAGAUAUGUCCGUAAAUAACAUAGCGGCUUCUUGGAUAACCAAGGACCGACUCCCCGUGGUGAACGCAACGCGAUUAUACGACACAAAUUCGGUUGUGUUAACCCAAAAAGUUUAUCUAAGAGAACGACCACACGAUUUACCAGAUCAAGAUAAAUUGUUAUGGUGGAUUCCCAUCGUUUUAGUUCGAGAAGAUCGAUUAGAUUUCCAAAAUUCCACCCCGAUUACAUGGAUGAAAAACGAAAGAAAAGUAAUUGUUGAUAACAUGCCCGAUAACCACCAAUUUAUUAUCGUCAACCCAGAAGAAAUCGGCCCAUUUCCGGUCAAUUACGACGGUGAUAAUUGGAAUAUGAUCUCGAGAUUUUUAUUAAACAACGAAAAUCGUGUUAAAAUCCCAGUUAAUACUCGCGCUAAAUUACUUCAUGAUGCUUGGAAUUUAGCUUAUGCGGGAGAUUUAGGUUUCGGAACGGCCUUAAAUAUGACACUUUUUUUAAGAUUUGAACGGGAGUACUUAGCUUGGGACCCCAUUUUUACAAUGAUCGAUCAUAUUGGAAGACAUAUCGAUAGUUCCGAAGUUCAUAAAAAAUUCCAGGGAUAUAUUCGCCACUUAUUAACUCCUUUAUACCAAGAACUCGGCCCUAAACCAAAGAAAGGUGAACUCGACGGAAAAACCCAUUUAAGAAGGUACUCGGAAGUGUUUUUGUGUCAAGCUGGUUAUAAACCGUGUGUUAUAGAAGCACAAAAACAAUAUCAUAAAUGGAUGAAAGCUACGAAUCCAGACGAAGGAAAUAUUUUGGCCGAUGAAUAUAUUUGUCCCGUGUUUAAAUACGGCACAAACGAAGAAUGGGAAUUUGGUUUACAAAGAAUAAUAAAUUUCCCACCCUCCCGAAUGAAAAAUGAACGAACUUAUUUAUUAAAAACUUUGGCCGGAUGUCCAAUUGACUCCUAUAAAAUCGAGCGACUCCUAAACGUUACCGUUUUGGAAGAAAACGGAAACUUUACCGAUACAGAUAUUAAUUUAAUAUUUAGCAUGCUUACUGGAGGUGCAAGCGGUUACACAACUUUAUUUAACUUUUUAGAAAAAAAUUGGGACGUAAUUAAAAUUAAAUUCGAAAAGAAACCGCUUUUAUGGAAUAGUUUGGUAACAUCGGCUACCACAGUUUUUAAAACGCAAGAAGGUUUAGAUAUGGUUUCCGGUUUAUACGUGGAAAGACAAGGUGAAUUUGGCACCGCGGAAUUCGUUGUUGAGAGAGCUUUAAAAAAUAUUAAAGAAGAAACGAAAUGGAGCGACGAAAAUCUGCCUGUUAUUGAAAAAUGGCUUGAUAAUUAUUUAAAGGAGAAUAAUGUAGAUUUAAAUGUUCCAUCUUCUUAAAUCAUCAAAAUUAAAAGAUUUAUUUUAAAAAGAUAA